GAUCAGCGCUUGCGCGAAUGCGGUGAGGUUUUAGGCAUCCGGGCUGAGGGGAUAACCUGGAGCGCUUUUUGGGACUUACGUGUUGAAGCAGUUGGCCUUGAAGAAACAGUUUUUAUACUUCAAGUUCGACCCACCCCUGAAGCACAACCUUCAGAGACAGAGUCGGUGGUGCCUGAGACGAGCAGAGCGCACCACCCACGCAGUCGCACCUUCCUCAGCAACUCCGGCCUGAGGCAACGCUGGUGGAAUUUGAUUUCUUCACGAGAUACGUUCCUGUGUGCCCUCCACCCUGUGUGUCCUCAGGCUUGGGAUCAGGCCUGGGGGGUUGCUGCUGCCCAUGGCGCCCAUCAUGGAUGUGCGAAAGUACGCCCAGAAGGGCUUGGACACGGUGGGGGAAGCAACACAGAAGGAUUGCUUGUUCCUGAAAACCAGGUGUGAAGAGCUCCGUGAGAAGAACCUGGAGAGGGGAAGAACACAGACCUGUCUGAGGGGAUUGUGUACCAGGCCAUGGAAGAGGGUCAAAACAGAAGGAACUGCCAAAGCCGAAAUCCAGGUUAUCCAGAUAACUUUUGAAGAAUUUGAUCUGAAGAUUGGCUAUGAUACCUUGAUAAUGAGUGAUGGAGGUGAAGUUGGAGACCCCAGGACAGUGUUCCAAAUGUAGAAGUCACUAAUGGAAUUCUGGGCAUAUUACUAUUACAGCACUUAUUACUGGGAGCAUAUGGCAACUCUUGGUUUAUUCAUGUCUCCCCUCUAUAAUCUGAGAUCCGUGGAAAGGGAAAAGAUUGCCUUCUCCAGCUGAGGAUUUCCUCAUGCUGCCAUCCCUUCCUUGCUCCCUAUGCAAAUGGCAUGGAGUCUGUAACCAAGAGACUCCAGGAAACGUUUGUCCAAUCAGUGUAAGUGCUUUAAAGUGACAGUGAAACAAAAGGGUUGAAACUGCCUUCUACAAAGAAACACAAUUUAAUAAUUAAAGUAGUCAAAGUUGCUCUGCUGUGGGAAGACAGUUUUGACUACAUCAAUCAAGGACUGUAGUAAGUUCCAAGCUUCCAAUGCCCUCAAGCAUUGUAGGAACAAUGUCAUAAACCAAACCAAGUGAAAAUGGAACCAAGGAACUUGAAAAUUCAAAGUUAAAGUGAGGGGAUGAAGAAUUUGUUCUGCUUGGGAAAAUGAAACAUAUAGGUCUAUUUUUCCACAUUGACUUAGUCAACAGUGUCACUUCCUAUGUUAGAUUAUACAUCUGUUCAUUGAUUGCUACAUGCCAACAAAACCUUGAAUUAAAAACAAAAAAAUACCCUU